CUCAGUAGGGAGCGACGCAGCGGAUUUGAGACGUUUUGCUCCACAGGAAGAGAAGGGCGGAGGUCUGUUUCUUUAUCAGCGACUCAAACCGCCUCAUGUUCGUCGGUUUUUACUGACCUGCCUGAAAAGAUUUCGACGAGUGAGUUUUUAUUGAUGUGAUCAUCGAUACUCUGUCACUCCUGUAUUGAUCAGUGGACAUGGGUCGGUCUGUGGUUCUCGGAGCGCUGCUGGUGCUGCUGGUGGCUAACGUUAGCUUCUGUCAGGCCGAGACUGUGGAGAAGUACUUCAGGGUUGGUGGCACACUCCAGCUCAGCCCUGAGCCGGUCUAUGGACAGAUCACCAGCAUCGUGUGGAAAUACGGCAAGAACCUGCUGGCUGAGUGGGUGAAAGACCAGAUUCCUCUGACAUAUUACAGCAAGUUUAGAGGCCGAACCACUCUGAACACUGACACAGGAGUGUUGGAGAUCAGGAACAUGACUGCGGCGGACAAUGAGGUGUAUACAGUGGAGAUCAACAACCAGAUCCAAAGUCGGGUUCAUAAGAUUAUGGCGAUCGAGGAUGUGCCCCGACCUGUGCUGGAAGCGAAGCCGCUGUCGUGUGGCUCAGCCUCAAAGGACUGUAAACUGGUGUGUGAGGGAGACGCUAGCAAAGCCGGGCCUGUGGAGUACUUCUGGGAGAAGGAUGAUAGAGAGUGGGAAAAGUCUAAAGAGAACACCAUGGAGAUCAUCAAUGAUGAGGAAACACAGCGUGUGAAAACUUUCUCCUGCAGAAUACAGAAUCAGUUUAGUGAGAAAGAGAGCAACGCCUUAGACAAUCCUUUCUACCGGGAGGAAACGACCAAGGAGCCAUCUACACUUGGUUCGGGGGCGAUUGUGGGGAUUGUUUUAGUCGUAAUCCUAUUGGUAGUUGCAGCUGUACUUUUACUGCUCUACUUUAUUUGGAAACCAUUCAAGAACAUGGUUGAUUCUUGUUUGUCCUGCAAGGAACAAGCAGAUGCAGCGGGAACAACAACUGUUUAUACCGCUGUUACUGCUACGAACGGAGGAGCUGAACAGCCAAAGAAGGAAGAGAACACUGAACCAAAAAGUGAACCAGAAAUUGAUCCCUAAAACAAAAGAAUAUGAAUGAAAUGAGAAAUGUUUGAUUUCCACAGCUGCCUGCAUCUGGAGAGAGAAGGAAAACAAUCCUGCAGUGUACAAACUGUCAGUUUAUGAAGAAGUAAUUUUAUCUUCAUACUGAAGUAAUACCAUCAGUACCACAGCUGGGAAGGACAGUUACAAGACAUGUGUAUAAAAGUGUUCUUAAGGUGGAUCCGUCCUGCUCAUGUUUAUUCUCUGAAUCUUUUAUGGUGGCUUUGCAUGAUUCACAGGUCAAUAAUAAUCCUUUAUGUACUAACCCUUCAUUUCAUCCUCUGCCUGAAACAAGCAGACUAGCUCCUGUCCACGAUCCACCUUUUUUACACGUAUGAUCAAAGCAGAACAGAUCCACUCUGAAACAUAAAAUUAUGACAAUGCCAGAACAGUAAAGAAAUGUGAUGUUUGAGUUCAGUGCAAAGUGGAAUGAGUGCUGUUCGCUAAAUUCAAUCAUGUUGUGAGGCAAUCAUUUAAUCACGAACGUGUACAUCGCUGUGUUAAAGCCCUGAUAACUUACAUUCAAUGAUUUGUAAAUGUGUGCUGUUGUUAGCUUUGUUGUUAGCAUAUUUUAGUGGCGUCAUCCUUGAGGACAAACAUGUGCAGAACUGUUUCAGAAAGUGGAAAAGGACGUUUGUGACGUCUGUGCACGUGCAGCGGUCACAUGUUAUGGAGACAAAGUGAGAAAAAGGUGCCUUUUAAUGUCCCGUCACAGCCGCGGAGGCUGAAGGGCACACUGGACUCACUGUGUUGGAUCACGCGUGUUUAAAUCCACUCUGGAGCCCUGCUUCUCUGCACCUGAGAGGAUGGAGGACGUUUUAUGAAGCUCAUCUCACAAUCAUGUACUCCUGUAAUGCCCGACAUGGCUAUAUAAGGACAUGGCUCUACACUCUGUGCUCCCUUUUUACUUUUUAUUUUUAAAGUUUGUCUUCCGACUCUGUCGUAUCAGCUUCUUUACACAUUGGCAGUUUGAUUAUUUAUUAGAAACUGGUGCCUUUCAAAAUAAACCUGGCAGUGCUA